AUGAAGUUGGACCUUUGGUAUUUCUUUCUCUUCUACUUCCAAGUUGAAGUUCUAACAGAAAAAAACGAUUUUGCCAAGUCUAAAAUAUUUACAUUUCACAAUGGAGGUGUACAAAUGUUAUGCAAAUGCUCUGAGAAUGUCCAGCAAUUUAGAAUGGAGUUGAUGAAAGGGACGCAAGUAAUUUGUGAUUUCAGUAAGACAAAGAAAGGAAACACCAUAUCCAAAUGGAGUUUGAAAUCCUGUCAACCAUCCAAUAACAGUGUCUCUUACUUUCUGAAUAACUUGGACAGUUCUCAUGACAGCUAUUACUCCUGCAAACUAUCAAUUUUUGAUCCUCCUCCUUUUCAAGAGAUGAUCAAGAGCGAAUAUUUGCAUAUUUACGAAUCACAGCUUUGUUGCCAGCUGAAGUUCUGGCUACCCAUAGGAUGUGCAGCUUUUGGUGUCGUCUUCAUUUUUGGAUGCACAUUUCUUUGUUGGCUUAAAAAUAAGAUUAUUAUGUGA